UGUGUGUGUGUGUGUGUGUGUGUGUGUGUGUGUGUGUGUGUGUGUGGGUUAAAAGUCCAGCUGACUCCUCUUUUUCUUCCUGGUCUCCAUGGCAACCGUGUCAUAAAAACAUGUCAAUAAUUAAUGUGGACUUUUGGGUUGUGUGUGUGUGUUUCUGUCUCUGUCACACACACAGGUUUACAUGCUGUGUGUGUGUGUGUGUGUGUGUGUGUGUGUGUGGUUCAGACUUUGUCCCGGCUGCAGGAAGUCGUCACUGGGUCGUCACGCCGACGCCGAGCCGAGGAGCUGCAGCUUCGCACCAGUCACUCCAAACACCAUGAAGUCUUCAUCAUCAUCAGGAACCUCGACCUCAGCUGGACCAGACACUCAGCUGCCCUCCUCUGCAUCGCCUCCUCCUCACCUGUCUCCUCACCUGUCUCUGCAGAGUCCAGAGCUGCAGGCAGAGUUUCUACAAGAGUGUCGGAACAAACUUCGGUCUUUCAGCGACGUCAGUGAAUCCAGCGUCCUCACCCCUGCUGCCUCCCCCUCCUCUCCUGUGCCUUCCCCCUUCAGUCCCACGCCCUCCUCCUCCCCCUCUCCCCGGAGCUCCUCGUCCUCCUCCUCGUCCUCCCCCAGCUUCAGCAGCAGACCAGCUCGUCUGUCUCUGUCCAGCCCUGAGCUCCUCUCAGAGCUGAAGGAGUCCAGGACCCGCCCCCUCCGACAUGUCCCCGCCCACAACGGCCUGACCACCGUCUUCUCUGGACGAGGACGAGGACGAGGACAGGUCUCUGGCUCCGCCCUCUCCACACGGCCGGCCAAUCAGAAGAGUCCACCCUGACUCUGUCAGCACCUGGACCUGAGCCCGUCACAGACUCUGCUCCUCUAGAACUAACAAUGUUUUAAUCAUUGAUUUCUGCAUCUGCUCAGCUGAUCCCAGAGUCUGACUUACACUGACCCCUCACUAAGCCCCGCCCCCUCAGGUACUGUUGCUAACCUGUCAAUCAUUUUGUCCAGAGCAGUUUCCCAGAGUCCAAAGUGUUGAUUUGUCCGAGGUACUGACUGUAUAACCUGAUGAAAGAACUGUGUCCAUUAAACCUGUUGAUACUGAUCACACUGAA